AUGGGAUUGUCUCACAAGAAAGCCAUAGGCGGUUUCCAUGGACACUCGAAUAAUAUUUUAGUCAUUUUAGCAAGCGGUUUCUUCCAGGUCUUCGGUGCUUCUGCCGAGUGGAACGGUUUUAGAGUGAGAAAGAGAGAGAGGGAGGGAGAAGCUGUGUUUGAAGAAGCAAAGCAAGAAGGCAAGCUUGUUGCUGUGACUAUUUUCAUGGAUAUCCAUAAAGUUGCCGACCACCAAACCCAAUUACUACUAGACCAACAUCAUCACCAUCAACAACAGGAAUUAGAGCAAAACCAGAACCAUCCUCAUCCUCAUCAUCACCAAUAUCAUCAAAUUUCUUACGGAAUAAUGCAAUCAUCUUCAACAUCAUCAUCAACUAUUAAUCCUGGUGACUUCAUAAGCAAAGAUACGGGAGCUUACGACGAAUUAGAUCAGGCGCUUUUUUUAUAUCUUGAUGGACAGGUCGACCACUCCACUGUCCAAGAGCAAAGACAGAAUUCUGGGAUGAGGCCUCCAACUCUCAACAUUUUUCCUUCUGAGCCUAUGCACGUUGAGCCAUCAUCAAUCAAGACAAGUGUUGGAUUAGUUUCUCCUCCAACCAGCGGUUCAAAGAGACCAUCUGAACCGUCCAUGGAGUUGUCAAAUCCAAAAACCAAUAUUGCCUCUGCUUCUGAACCAGUAGCAAAAGCUCUCAAGCGCGAAGGAAACCGCAGGGGUCCAACAUCCAAUUCAGAGCAGGAAGGACCCAAAACACCAGACCCUAAGAUAUUGAGGAGACUUGCUCAGAAUAGAGAAGCAGCUAGGAAAAGCAGGCUUAGAAAAAAGGCUUAUGUUCAGCAGCUAGAAUCAAGUAGGAUCAAGCUGAGUCAACUAGAACAAGAACUACAAAGGGCUAGAGCUCAAGGUAUGUUUUUUGGUGGAGGUGCUCUUGUAGGAGAAGAACAAGGUCUUCCUACUGUUAUUAACAACAUAAGCUCAGAGGCUGCAGUAUUCGAUAUGGAGUAUGCAAGAUGGAUUGAGGAACACCAUCGUAUCAUGUGUGAGCUCCGAGCCGCGGUUCAAGAGCAUUUACCAGAAAACGAGCUUCGGCUGUUUGUGGACAAUUGCUUAGCACACUAUAAUGAGUUGAUGAAUCUGAAAGGCAUGGUGGCCAAAUCUGACGCAUUUCAUCUUGUUUCUGGCAUGUGGAUGACUCCGGCGGAGAGAUGCUUCCUGUGGAUUGGAGGAUUCCGGCCGUCCAACCUCAUCAAGAUAAUUCUGAAUCAAAUAGAGCCAUUGACGGAGCAACAGGUAUUGUUGAUUUGUGAGCUACAACAGUCAACACAAGAGGGUGAAGAAGCACUGUCUCAAGGGCUUGAAGCUCUGAAUCAGUCUCUCUCAGACACCAUUGUUUCUGAUGCACUAAGCUCAUGCCCUCCUAACAUGUCCAGCUACAUGGGCCAGAUGGCAUUGGCCAUUAAAAAGCUCACCACCCUCCAAGGUUUUGUAAGACAGGCUGAUAAUCUGAGGCAGCAAAUGUUUCAUCGGCUCGAUCAAAUUCUGACUAUUCGUCAAACGGCGAGGUAUUUUCUGGCCAUUGCUGAAUACUUCCAUCGCCUCCGAGCUCUCAGUUCUCUCUGGUUAGCACGGCCCCGUCAAACUUUGAUAUCAGCAAGUACAAUUUGCUUGCAAUUUUAA